AUGGGCGCGGUGCAGGCAGAGCUGGAGCAGUGGCGUCUGCAGGUCCUCGCCGAGGUGAACUGGCGGCUGACGCGCGCCUUCGUGGACCCCCAGCGCGGCGCCAGCACGAACAGCGGGGAAUCCGCCGACUGUGCUCUGGGUGGUCUCGAGGAGCGCCUGUCCAUGGCCAGUAUUGAGAUCAGCUCGAUCAAACUGGACGUCUGCAAGUUGGGCGACGCUCUUCGAGCCCAGGGCGCCCGCUUGGAUGAGCUGGCAAAGGGAACGAGGUGCGCGCUGGGAUAUUCGCUGCGGCCAGAGGGCUGCCGCGACACCGGGGGCGAGCUGGAGAGCAUCCGCGCGACGCUGGAGCAGGUGCGAUCGAGUCUGCUAAGCCGGCGGAGGCUUGAGAGCGAGACCAGUCCGAUUUUGCCAGUGUCGCCUCGGAACGCGCUGGCGCCCACAACGAUCUCGGAAGAGGGCAUGGACGUGCGGAUCGAGGCCCCAGCGGCCGACGCGGGCGGCACCGGCAGCGAGCAGCCGUCGGGCGCAGUGUCGCCAGCGGCUUGCGCUCGGCAGGUCGGCGGUCAGGUUUUCCACGUCGCUUCGGGCCCCCCGCCGAACGCGCGCCGGGUCUCGGCGCCGGUGCUGCUGGAGGCGCAGCAAACAAUGCACGUCAGGGUCAUUGGGCCGUCAGGUGGCUCUUCGGUGCACACUCCAGCGCUCAGGACCCCCGGCACCGCCACCCCGACGGCCGCGGGCUGCCAGCAGCUCUGGCUGCCGACCGGCGCUCCAGAAGAGCGGGCCGCGAGGCACGUCGGAGGCGCGCAGACCGUCGGCGCGCGGCCACUGACGCCCGUGCGGGCUGGGCCCCAGGCGCCAGCGCAGGUGCAGAGGCCAGUGGGCCACGCCAGCAGGGAGACGAUGCACAUACAGCCGGCGCCCACCGGCGGCCCCCCACCGCUGUCGGGCAGCUCCGCCUCCGUGCCCAUGUUCCUGCCCGCUGCCGGCUCUGCCAGCGUGCCCGUGCCUCCGACGGCCGCGGGCCGCCCCGGGCAAGUGCCCGUGGCUGUCUGGAGGAGCCCAGGCACCGCCACCCCGACGGCCUCGGGCCGACAGCCAGCGUGGCACACGGGAGCCGGCUGA